CGCCGCAGCCGCCGCCUGGGCCGCCCCGUGUCCCCGGUGGAGCCGCCGCCGCCGCCGCCGCGAGCUCGAUGCGGACGGAGCCCGGGCCGGGCCAUGGGGAUCCUCAGCAUCACGGACCAGCCGCCCCUGGUCCAGGCCAUCUUUAGCCGAGAUGUGGAGGAAGUGCGUUCCCUCCUCUCGCAGAAGGAGAACAUCAAUGUGCUGGACCAAGAGAGACGAACCCCAUUGCAUGCUGCUGCCUACGUAGGCGAUGUCCCCAUCCUCCAGUUGCUACUGAUGUCAGGUGCUAAUGUCAAUGCUAAGGACACACUGUGGCUGACCCCUCUUCAUCGUGCUGCUGCCUCUCGAAAUGAGAAGGUGCUGGGGCUGCUGCUGGCACAUUCAGCCGAUGUGAAUGCCCGGGACAAGCUGUGGCAGACACCACUGCAUGUGGCUGCUGCCAACCGGGCUACCAAGUGUGCUGAGGCUCUGGCACCCUUGUUGAGCAGCCUCAACGUGGCCGACAGGAGUGGGCGCAGUGCACUGCACCAUGCAGUGCACAGUGGGCAUCUCGAGACGGUGAACCUACUUCUCAACAAGGGAGCCAGCCUGAAUGUCUGUGACAAAAAAGAACGGCAGCCUCUGCACUGGGCAGCUUUUCUGGGGCAUUUGGAAGUCCUGAAACUGCUGGUGGCACGUGGUGCAGACCUCGGCUGUAAGGACCGAAAGGGCUAUGGGCUGCUCCACACAGCUGCGGCCAGUGGCCAGAUUGAAGUGGUGAAGUACCUGCUCCGGAUGGGGGCUGAGAUUGAUGAGCCCAAUGCGUUUGGAAACACAGCUUUGCACAUCGCCUGCUACCUUGGCCAGGAUGCUGUGGCUAUUGAGCUGGUGAAUGCCGGAGCCAAUGUCAACCAGCCAAAUGACAAGGGCUUUACGCCAUUGCAUGUGGCUGCAGUUUCUACCAAUGGCGCUCUCUGCUUAGAGUUGUUGGUCAACAACGGGGCUGAUGUCAACUACCAGAGCAAAGAAGGGAAAAGUCCUCUGCAUAUGGCUGCCAUCCAUGGCCGUUUCACACGUUCCCAGAUUCUCAUUCAGAAUGGUAGCGAGAUUGAUUGUGCUGACAAAUUUGGGAACACACCCCUGCAUGUGGCUGCUCGCUAUGGGCACGAGCUGCUCAUCAGCACGCUCAUGACCAAUGGCGCGGACACCGCCCGGCGCGGCAUCCAUGACAUGUUUCCCCUGCACUUAGCUGUUCUCUUUGGAUUCUCUGACUGUUGCCGGAAGCUUCUUUCCUCAGGUCAGCUGUACAGCAUCGUGUCUUCGCUCAGCAAUGAGCAUGUGCUUUCUGCUGGGUUUGACAUCAACACGCCUGACAACCUUGGCCGCACCUGUCUUCAUGCUGCUGCUUCUGGAGGAAAUGUUGAAUGUCUUAAUUUGCUGUUGAGCAGUGGAGCUGACCUGAGGAGGAGAGACAAAUUUGGAAGGACUCCACUGCACUAUGCAGCUGCCAAUGGUAGCUACCAGUGUGCUGUGACACUGGUGACUGCUGGGGCAGGUGUCAAUGAGGCUGACUGUAAAGGCUGCUCUCCCCUCCACUAUGCUGCGGCCUCUGACACGUACCGGAGAGCGGAACCCCACACUGCUUCCAGCCAUGAUGCUGAAGAGGACGAGCCACUGAAGGAGUCCCGUAGGAAGGAGGCUUUCUUCUGUCUGGAGUUCCUACUGGAUAAUGGUGCCGACCCCUCCCUGCGGGACAGGCAGGGUUACACAGCUGUGCACUAUGCAGCCGCCUAUGGCAACAGACAGAACCUCGAACUGCUCUUAGAAAUGUCCUUUAACUGCCUGGAGGAUGUGGAGAGCACCAUUCCAGUCAGCCCUUUGCACUUAGCUGCCUACAACGGUCACUGUGAAGCCCUGAAGACACUGGCUGAGACGCUGGUGAAUCUGGAUGUAAGGGACCACAAGGGCCGGACCGCGCUCUUCCUGGCCACUGAGCGAGGCUCUACUGAGUGUGUGGAGGUGCUUACGGCCCAUGGCGCCUCUGCCCUCAUCAAGGAGCGCAAGCGCAAGUGGACACCCCUACACGCUGCUGCUGCCUCUGGCCACACUGAUUCCCUGCACUUGCUGAUCGACAGUGGGGAGCGAGCUGACAUCACAGAUGUCAUGGAUGCCUAUGGACAAACCCCACUGAUGCUGGCCAUCAUGAAUGGCCACGUGGACUGUGUACAUCUGCUGCUAGAGAAAGGAUCCACAGCUGAUGCUGCUGACCUCCGGGGCCGCACCGCCCUCCACCGUGGGGCAGUGACUGGCUGUGAGGACUGCCUGGCUGCCCUGCUGGACCAUGAUGCAUUUGUGCUGUGCCGAGACUUUAAGGGUCGCACACCCAUUCACCUGGCCUCUGCCUGUGGCCACACUGCAGUCCUGCGGACCUUGCUGCAGGCUGCUCUUUCCACAGACCCCCUGGAUGCUGGGGUAGAUUACAGCGGAUACUCACCCAUGCACUGGGCCUCCUACACUGGACAUGAAGAUUGUCUGGAGUUGUUACUUGAACACAGCCCAUUCUCAUACCUGGAGGGAAACCCCUUCACUCCUUUGCACUGUGCAGUAAUUAAUAACCAGGACAGCACCACAGAGAUGCUGCUGGGAGCUCUGGGUGAUAAGAUUGUGAACAGCCGAGAUGCCAAAGGACGGACCCCCCUUCACGCCGCUGCCUUCGCGGAUAAUGUCUCUGGGCUCCAGAUGCUGCUGCAGCAUCAAGCUGAGGUGAACGCCACUGACCACACGGGCCGCACUGCACUCAUGACGGCGGCUGAGAACGGGCAGACCGCUGCUGUGGAAUUUCUGCUGUAUCGAGGGAAGGCAGACCUGACUGUACUGGAUGAGAACAAGAACACUGCCCUCCACUUGGCUUGUAGCAAGGGCCAUGAAAAAUGUGCCCUCAUGAUCCUGGCAGAAACCCAAGACCUUGGCCUUAUCAAUGCCACCAACAGUGCGCUGCAGAUGCCACUCCACAUUGCUGCCCGGAAUGGUCUAGCUUCUGUGGUGCAGGCCCUCCUGAGUCGUGGGGCCACAGUGCUGGCUGUGGAUGAAGAAGGUCACACCCCAGCAUUGGCCUGUGCUCCCAACAAAGAUGUGGCAGACUGCCUGGCCUUGAUCCUUUCCACCAUGAAGCCUUUCCCACCCAAGGACGCCGUCAGUCCUUUCAGCUUCAGCCUGCUCAAGAACUGCGGCAUCGCAGCCGCCAAGACGGUGGGUGGCUGUGGCGCCUUGCCCCAUGGGGCCUCUUGCCCCUACAGCCAGGAGCGGCACGGUGCCAUUGGGUUAGAUGGCUGCUACUCUGAGUAGCCCCUCCAGUGUCCCUCUCCCCGCCGGUGGCUUGAUAUUAUUCUAUUUAUUUAGAAAAAGUCUACACAUUUAGGGCACUUUAAAGGAGAACACGACUGGGUGGCGGGGCAGAAGGGGGGAAAGGAAGCACUGGGGAGCAGCUGCUCACCCCUUUGCCACACCUUCCUGGCCUGGCAGAGGUCUGGGACCGACAGGGAGCACCCCAGGCCCUUGGUACCCCCAGGGCAACCCUUUCUGCCAAGUGUCCCAAAAUGAUUGCUAAAUGCCUGGCUCCCUCUCUCUUUGACUCCAUCUCUCAGUUCCCCUUUCUGCUACCAGCUGCCCCUCCUCCUUCCUUCUGACUCUCCUCUGUGUCCCCCUUCUCCCUGCCCCUACUGCCAGGCAGACCCCUCCUCUUCUUCCAUACCCAUCACUGCCUCCCUGCUCGGCUGGCCCCUCCAUCCCCGCAGCAGUGAGAAGCCUUAAUUUCUGGUACUGUGUGAGCACUCUGGGGUGUCCCCUUCCCCCUUCAGGGGCAGCUAGAGGAUGAAGGGGGAGGGUAUUUAGCACUGGGGCCUGGAACUUUUCCCCUACUCUCUACCCUAUCACCCCUAAAGUUCAAAUGCAAAACACUUGAAGCAGCAACUACUGUACCUGGGCCCCAAUCCUGCACUCUCCCCUGGCUCCUCAUAUGCAAAUCAAGGGCUGGUUCUGCCCCCACAGCCUGCCCCCACCUCCCGACUCCCCACUUGGCCCCCUAACCACGCACUUUAACCUUGCUUCUUUCUUUUCAUUUCUUUUGGGAGAGCAGAGCCUGUGGCCCUUCCCUCCCUGGCUCUCUUCUCCCUGAACUUUGAGGCUUGUCAUGAAUUUUUAAGUAAGCAUUUUAUUCUUUAGGGGAAGAAACAAAUUAAUUUCCUGCCCAUUUCAAAAACCACAGCCCUCGUAUGUCCUCUGUGUUUCAGGCAUGUGCUUGCAUGUGUGUGGAGGGAGGGACCGUGUUCUCCCUCUUGUGUCCCCAAGCCCCUGGGUUCCUCUAUGCCCUUCAUCAGCCUCUACCUUCCUUCAUGUCGGAGAGUACCCACUGCCCCAGUCACUCCUGAUCUGAAGCCAAAGACGGUGGGAAGGGCAGGGGCAGACUAGGGACCGAGGCUGCUCAUUAGGAAAGCAGGCCUUCCUCCAGUGUGAGGAGAAAGUUCUGGUCAAGGGAGCUACAGGCAGACACUGGAGCUCAGUUCCCUGCCUCCCAGCAGAGGGGGAGAUGGGAUUGAGUAGGGGCUGCACUGGUAAGAUUCCUCAAACUUGUACCCCAAAAGCCAAACUGGGCUAGAGUGAGGAGGGGCAGUGUUUUCUCUAAAUGUAGCAUUGCAUCUGGCCCUGGUCCCUUCAGAUGCCCUGUCCAUCCAUCUCGGUGAGCCUCUGCCCCAAUUGGUCCCACUCGUGUAGCCCAGUUUCCCUUCCUCACACUCAAUACCUCAGCCAGGGGCCAAGACACAGAACUUGAAUAGAGGUCCUGCCCCUCCAUCCCGCAGUGCAUCCUCGCCCAGUUUGGCUGUCAUCAGUAUUGUCCCUCAAGAACUGGAUAGGCUUCGUUUACACAGUCCAGGGUCUCCCCUGGGGGAGGGCCCUCAGCCCCUUCCCCUACCCAAGCUUGCUUUCUCCACAUUCCCACCCAGUUUUCAGUUGUGUCCCCUGAAUGUCUCGCCACCCUUGCCACAGGUGAGCUGAGGGGAGAGGGGCUGUCCCAGGGCUCCCCCCUCCCUCCAGGUCCCCUGCACCAUACCUCAUGCUGGUUCUCUGAAGCCUGGGGCAUUUGUCCAAGUCUUUAUUCCUUUUCACGGUCCCUCUAUAUCUCUGUGUCUUGCUUCUUCCAACCUUUAGAUCCUAAACCAUUUCAAGGCUUCCAAAUGACCAUUCUUGUUGAGAAGGAUUGUGCAGCUUUUAGUUUUUAUUUUUGUUUUCAAAGCCAAAGGGCCUUGGAUGCCCCCUCUUGCCCAUCCCCCUCCCCCUCCAUACCUUGUCCUCCCCUAUACGACAAUCAAUGUGACCUCUCUUAAGGGCUGCUGCCCCCACCCCAACCCUGCUGGUUCUGCAAAGCUUAUCCCCCAACUUCAAUUCUCUCUCCUAGAUCCUCCCAGUUCCACCCCCCUCCCUCUCAUUUUGGUGCUGGGAAUUAGGUGGUGGGGGGCCAGGGGAGCAGGGGACAGGUCUUCCGGGAAUGACUUGGGGUAUCAGUCGUGUUCUCCUUUAUCAAUGCUUCAUGACGACAGGAAGAGUAUGAGUAUUGUCAGGAGCCCCAUUGUUCUGCUUUGCUAGAUGAGAUUUCUGGUUGUUGUCGGUACCCUGCUAUCCUGGCACACUGUCACCAGUGCCCGGAAGAUGGCAGGGGGUCGGUCCUCUGUCCCUUCUCACUUCUGUGGUUGUGAGGAGCCCCGGAGGGCCAGCAGCCUCCUCUCCUUAUGCCAAAGGAAAUCCCGCACCUCACCCCGGGCUCCCCGGCCCUUAGUGUUUUUUGAAGCAUUUUGACCAUUCUCAUGGCCACUGCAUAUUUAUUUUAAUAUUAAGAGUUUUUUUUUAAACCUCUUUGACUUAAACGGGUGUGGAGAAGUAAAACAGGCAGAAUGCCCCCCAAUCUUAAGGGGGUAGGGUGGGGAGGAAGCGCCUCCUUCCCUUCACCCUCCCCACCUCCCCUCCCCACCGCAGCUCUAAAGCACUUGCUUCAAGUAAUAAGCACUUUUAUGAAAAGGCCUAUUUUUAAGUGAGGACCCUGGGAGCAGCCCAGGCGCCCAGCAAAGGAGACAGAGCGAGGGCUACAUAGGAGACAGGGAAACAGACAUGCGGAUCAGAGGGCGAGAUGACAAGAGCCAGUUUUUAAGUUUCUGAUUUUUGGGGGGAUGUUUCUGAUUGGGCGGUGGCUUUGGUAAGGUUGUGUACUAUCCUUCAGAAAACCGAAUGGCACAAACUGUGGGUCCCAACAUGGACCUACAGACCUGGGCCACUGCCACUGUCCAGCUGAGACUGAUGGGCCACCUCCCCCACCCCGUGGCCCCCUGAGCCAUAGGACUGCUGAAAACCACUGAAUGUACAGCCCAGGUUGGGGUGGGGAGCGGCCCCUGGGGGAGGUGCUGCUUUUGUUUGGUGCUGUGGGGGGUGGGAGAGAUGAGACUGAGGGACUGCCACCCCACGUAGACAUGUGUUCCUUGGGGUGGAGGGGCUGAGGAGGGCUUGCCUCCCUCUCCAACCCCAGCCAUGGCCCCUCUUCCUUCCUCACCCCUAUCCGUUUUGACUGUAAGUCCAGCUCACCUUUGCCUUCAAUAUGUAACCAAAGGAAAACUCAAUACUGUUUCCACCACUGUCUGCCCACCCGAGCACCUUCUUCCUCCCCGGACCUAGAAGGGGAGAAGAGGCUGGGGGUGGGGAGGGUGGGGUCAGAGAACGGUUCUACAACUGUACCCCUAAAACCUUCUCUGCGGUCUUGGAAGGGGUCCCAAGAGGUGGGGUGGGGCCAGGCUGGUGGGGCUGGGAGUAGGCACGCUAUCUUAUGCACAUGAGUGUUUCUUGGUGGAAAUGACUCCGGUGACUGUGCUCCAGCGGGGAGGCCCCUUCCCUCUCAGCCAUUUCUCACCCUUUCCCCACACCCAGUGUUCAUCCUCCACCUCCCCUUCCCACCGCAAAGGAAAAUAGCCUUACAGACCCUAGCCCAGAAACCCUACUCCUGGGGCAAUGGAGUGUGAGCCCCUUCCUACCCGCCGAGUUCAAACCCUACCUUUUACAAAGGAGGGGUAAGGAGCAAAGCAGCCCCUUUCCCUCUGUGCUGGCUCCAGCCCUCCAGUCCUUGACCCAGGAUGGGCAAGGGCAGAGGUUAGGAAUCUUUGAGGACCAAGCCCAGUGGACUGGGAAGAGGGAGAUAGAGGGAAGGGUCUGACAUGGGGACUCCCUCCUCCCGACCCAACGCCUAGAGAAGCGACCAAAUCCCAGAGAUGGGAGGGAGCUGGGGUGGGAGGGUCUGCUCUUUGAAUUACUUGAAGGUACUGACUCUGAGGCUGCUGUUGCCCAUGUAGGCGUGAGGGGGACACUGUCACUGCAUUUAGGAGGGCAGAGGGUGGUGGGUGACAAGAGGAUUCACCCUCGGCCCUCGCUCACUCCUGCUAGGCCCUUUCCCUGGGGAGUCGGCAAGCCUGAUGGCCCCAGGGAGGGUGGGGAGAGCCUUUCCUCCCGUCUCCACCCUCACUCUGGGCACCCUCUCCAAUUGCACUAAAGUAGCUGUUGUGCCAGUCUUACCCCAUGCCAGGGUGGGGUCUCUGCUUCCAGUCUUUUCCCUACCGCCUCUGCUCCCAUCCCGGACAAUCUCCUUGUUCCGCUUGUAUUCCUGGAUAGCUCAGCUUUGUGUGCGUGUACGUGUGUGUGCGUGCGCACGCGUGUGUGUGGAUGCGUGUGGAUGUGCGUGUGUUUGGGGGGUUGGGGUGGGUUCUGGCUGGAGUGGGUUUGGCAGGGGUUUGGGAAGGGCAAGGAGAAAGAUGGAGGAUGAAGUCUCCUAUUCCCCUUCCCCAACUCUAAGCCACAGAAGCCUGGGAGGGAGGGUGCCUACUCUCGCUGCCGCGUGUCUUGCAGAUGUGCCAAAAUGGGGGUGGGUGGGAGGGGAGGGUGCCUGGCAGAGCAGCCCCCAGGGUGGCUCUCUCAAAGCAAUACAGUUCCCCUGCUGGGGAACGGCAAGACAGGGGAGAGGGUUGGGGUGGGAACCCCCCAGGUGUGGGGGGCUCUCCAUGUACAGCUGUGUAUAUUCAGGGGCGUUCUCUGUCUGGUACCCGCUGUGGGCAUCUAUGUGUGUGUGAACCUCCCCUUCCCCAUGCCCUGCAUGACCUGUGAUGCUGCAGACACCACCAUCCUGUAUGCAGGUGUGUGUUGGGGGGCACGGAGGGGCAUGCUCCAUGUCCUGUCGCACCCUCCACCCUGUGACCCAUGUACUCGGUUGUAGGAAGUAAAGAGAACUGAGCACAAUUCACUGGAUUCUAGUUGAAUCUUUCUCUAAGCAAUUUUCCCAUUCCUGUCCUUCUCCCUUGUCCCAGAUCCACCUGUGGUGCUAGUGUUGGGGUCGGGGGUGUUCAAUGCUGGUGGGCAGCAAUAAAGGGCAGAUCUGCCCAGAUGCCUGCAUCCCCAGGGUGCUGAGGGCUACAGGAAAAAGUGGGGACCUCGGUGCAUUUGCCCCACCCCUCCCACUCCUCCCUGGGCUAAAGCACAAUGCUCUCCCCUGAAGAUGGAUGCACCCUGCACCUUCCAGGCCCCCCACUCAUGUCCUCCUCCAACCUGCUUUGAGCCCUCCCACCACACCUUGGUUUUCUAUGCUGUUUUGGUGCAAGUACAACUGUCGUAGUCAUGGCUUUGGGGAUGGGUUCUGUUUAUUAAAAUCCUAUUGCUCCUA